AUGGCGACGUCUACCCCGCAACAAGUCACCCAAGAGCUGCUUGCCAGAGCGCACUCCCCCGACAGCGUGAACCGCAUCUUCAACGACAAGAUCCAGCACAGGACCCUCCAUCUGAAGCCGUCCUCUCCACCUCCCGCCGCGCUGAGCGCACGCGCCGCCCGCAGGAGGGCGCGCGAUCAGAAAAAGGCCAACAGCAAGCUGCGCCCCAAACCUCUCUCGUCUCGCCAACGCCGAAGGCUCGGCCUCUACGACAUUCCCAGGCAAGGCCAAAAGUUCGACAUCUACAAGCCUCUGCAUGACCUGUGGCAGGGGUACGCAAGAGAAGUGCUGGGCAGCGAUAUCUACCGCGGCGGUCCCGAGGCAGCCGCCAAACUGGCCAGCGCCGAGCUCGUGGGGGCUCAAGCCCAAGUUGUCAGAAGCCGUUGCUCUGGACGUGUGGGCAUUCAAGGCAUCAUCGUCCGAGACCGCAAGUUUGUUUUCGACAUGAUCACGCGCAAAAGGGGCCUCAAAGUAAUACCCAAAGAAGGGACCACGUUUCGCAUCGAGGUCCAUCCCGAGAAUAAUGGCCCGUCGGCAAACGCCAAGCCUUUUGCGUUUGACGUCUUGGGGGACCAAUUCAUGCUCCGCUCUGCAGACCGGGCAAACCGCAAGUUCAAGCAGCAUUUUCUGCCCAAUCUCUGA